GGACAGAUAAACAGAGACGCUGAAGUAAACUGACGCUCCUUAAAUCUGCCGUGAGAAGGAAGCGCUCGGCUGUGAGAAACUGCUUCAGUAGGGCAGGUUAUCACGUACACUGCUGUAGAGUUUAAACUAAUCUCCAAUAUUACUGAAACACUGAAGAGCUGAGUGAAAAUGUGCAGACGGAAGAGCGGCUGGUCUUCGUUUGAGGUGUUCCUGACCACCACGGCCGCUCUGCUGUUGGUUGUAUGUAUUGGCCUGAUCGUCGUCUCCUGGCUGGCUCUCCAUCCCGCCAAUCAGGAUGAAGCAGUGACCCCCAACUCCACACUUAGUGGAAGUCUGACCAUUUCAGAAGGAGCUGUUUUCACCGAGGAGCUCCGAAACAAAAGCAGCAUGGAGUUCAAAGCGCUGGCCUUCGACUCGGAACUGCUGAUCUCUGAAGCUUUUGGCCGCAGUUCCCUCAAAGAUCAGUUCAGAAGCUGCAGAGUGACCGAGUUCAGCCAGGGCAGCGUAGUUGUGAAUUUUGACCUCUUCUUCCACGAUGCUGUGGAUUCAAAGUCAGCGGAGGACGAGUUGGUAGCCGGUGUCCAGACUAGUGGAGGACUUGUAGUAGACACCAGCAGCAUCCAGAUCUCAGCAGUGAAGUGUGCUGAUGGUCAGAAGGUGUGCAGAGACGGUCUGACGUGCGUUUCUGUGUCAGAGUUCUGUGAUGGAAAGCUGAACUGCCCCGAUGGCUCAGAUGAGUCUGAGAGGAUCUGCGCGACGGUGUGUGAUGGACAGUUCCUCCUGCUGGGUCCGAAUGGCUAUUUCCACUCUAAGAACUUCCCCCUGGUUUACGACAGUCAAACGAGCUGCCGCUGGAUCAUCCGUGUUAAUGAAGGUCUGGCCAUUAAGAUCAUCUUCGAUGUUUUCCAAACAGAGGAGGAAAUCGAUGUUUUGUAUCUUUAUGAGGGAAUCGGAGCUGAAAAGAAGCUGGCAUAUGCACUGUCCGGUUCUUCUCCUGGAACCGUCUGGCUCUUGUCCAGUGAAGCCACUGUUGAAUUCUCCUCCGACUUCAUCGUGAACGAGCAAGGCUUCAACGCCUCUUACUGGGCGGAGAACCUCAGCCAGCUUACCAAUGAGGAGAAGAUAACUUGCUCGUUUGAAGAGGGUUUCUGUUUCUGGAGGCAGGAGCCUGAAGAUGAUGGAGACUGGAUCAGAACGGCAGGCUCCACUUUCCCUCCCCUCACUGGACCGAGCUUUGACCACACGCUGGGAAACCAGUCUGGAUACUACCUCGUAACGCCCAACAGUCCGGGGACCUGGGAGAAAGUUUUCCGGAUCUACAGUCUUCCUCUCGCUUCGGACAGUCAAGAAGCGUGUCUGCAGUUCUGGUAUCACAUGUAUGGAGCGGACGUGUUCCGCCUGGUGGUGAUGAGCGAGCGAGGGUCAGUCAGCACCGUCCUCUUCCAGAAAGAGGGAAACUACGGAGACGCCUGGAACUUCGGCCAGAUAACCAUAAAGGACACAGCAGACCAAACGAUCGUCUUUGAAGCGCGGAAGAACGGAGGACUGCUGAACGAUAUCGCGCUGGAUGACAUCAGCAUGACCUCUGGACCGUGUGGAGAAAGUCCACAUCCAGAUCCAACUCCAGUUCCUCUGACCACCACCCCCCCACCCAUACCAUCCGACUGUGGGGGUCCGUUUGAUCUGUAUGAACCAAACACAACCUUCAGUUCACCCAACUAUCCCAACGGCUACGGGCACGGCGCCUCCUGUUUGUGGACCCUUCAUGCUGAAAAUGGCAAAAAUAUUCAGCUGCAUUUCCAGGAUUUCGCUUUGGAGGCUUCGUAUGACAUGGUGGAGGUCCGAGACGGAGUAGAGCCGAAUUCUACAUUACUAGGUGUCCUGACAGGGGACCGUGUUUUUCCCGAUCUGUUCUCCACGUCCUCUCGGAUGAGCGUGUGGUUUUACUCUGACUCGUCUGGAAACGAUCGAGGAUUUCUCGCCAAUUUCAGCACAGGUUUCAGCCUCGGUCAGCCAGUUCCGUGUCAGAGUGGACAGUAUCAGUGCCGUUCAGGAGAGUGUGUGUCCACUUCCAGUGUGUGUGAUGGUGUGGUCAACUGCUCCGAUGCUUCUGAUGAAGCUCAUUGUGUACAUUUGAUGUCAGUAAAUUUCACUGGACCUCAGCGUCUGAGUCUUCAGAUUCAGAACAGCCUCUACUCGGCCUGCGCUCUCGACUGGAGCCCGAACUUCUCUGACUUCUUCUGCCGAUACCUGGGCUACAGGUCAGGAAGUGCUUCGUUUUUGCCCGUGUCGGAGGGGGACGCUCUGUUUGCUGUUGUCAGCUCGGCUGCAGAUGGUUCUCUGGAUAUAAAACCCAGUGAAAAUUGUCCAGGUGAAAAGGUCGUAUCACUGCACUGUGACAACCAACCGUGUGGAACCCGGAUGAUUAACAUAACAACGGCCUUCAGCUGGUCUGCAGUAGGAGAUCUGGGUAUGGAAAAGGAGGGAGAGGAGGCUGAGAGCUCUUCAGGCAGAGUGGUGGGAGGAGAGGAUGCACCGAAAGGUGCCUGGCCCUGGAUGGCGUCUCUGAAGUGGGCGGGCCGGCAUGUGUGCGGAGGGGCGUUAAUCGACAGAGAGUGGCUGAUCACAGCUGCGCACUGCGUCUUCGGGAAGAACGUCCAGCUCUCUAACUGGGUGGUCAUGUUGGGUCUUCAUGCUCAGUACGAGUCCGACACUUCAGAGAGACAGACGCGUCAAGUGGACCAGGUUAUAAUGAACCCGCACUACAACCGACGGACUAAAAACUCCGACAUCGCUCUCAUGCACUUACAGACCAGAGUCAACUUCACAGAUUACAUCCAGCCGAUCUGCCUGCCUCACCCUGAGCAGCGAUUUGAACCUGGCAGGAAGUGUGUGAUCGCUGGCUGGGGCACACUAACUGAAGGAGGUUCAGUAGCUAAUGUACUGCAGGAGGCUGUCGUUCCCCUCAUCGAUAACGCUCUGUGUCAGGAGUGGCUGCCUCAGUAUACUAUCAACCAACGCAUGGUGUGCGCAGGUUACGCUGAGGGAGGGGUCGACUCAUGCCAGGGGGAUUCUGGAGGUCCGCUGAUGUGCGAAGAGGAGGGCCACUGGGUGCUGGUGGGUGUGACGUCAUUCGGAUCGGGCUGCGCUCAGCCGAAACAGCCCGGAGUGUACGCCCUGGUCAGUGAGUUCACUGACUGGGUGGUGGAGACACGACGACUCAACUCACACUGGAGCGGCUCGAGAUAG